AGCCAAACAUAGAACUCCACGGAAAUUUGCAUCCAAACCCAAAGAGGCAAAGAAGUAAUGGCCCCAGCGGUCCAGCACCCUGUGCUCCCUUUUCCCACCACCACUUCCCCUUCCUCCGCGGGCACAGCAGCCAUGGCCGCCUCCAGCGACCUCCUCGACGUCGACCCGCCCGAGCUCCAGUUCCCCUUCGAGCUCGACAAGCAGAUCUCCUGCCCCCUCAAGAUGAUCAACAAGACCGACAGAACCGUCGCCUUUAAGGUUAAGACGACGAGCCCCAAGAAGUACUGCGUGCGCCCCAACAAUGGCGUCGUGCGGCCACGGUCCACCUGCGAAGUUGUAGUGACGAUGCAAGCCCAGACUGUUGCACCGCCGGACUUGCAGUGCAAGGACAAAUUCUUGGUGCAAAGCGUGGUCGUCGCCGAUGGCUUAUCGGCCAAGGACAUCACCCCUCAAAUGUUCAUGAAACAAGAGGGUAACGUUGUCGAGGAGGUGAGGAUGAGGGUCACUUAUGUGAUGCCACCCGAAUCGCCGUCGGAGAUUGCGGAGGAAAGCGAUGGGCCACAGCGUAUCUUGGCGCCUAUGCAGCGAAUUGUGAAUAAUGGGAGGAGCGCUUCGGAGCUGUCGAGUGGCUCGGUGUCCUUGAGAUCAGCUGAGCUGGGGACAGAGGUCGGAUCACCUACUGGACCCGUUGUAAGGACUGAAGAAUUACUGAAGGCUGCAGGACAUGCUGCUGAAACAAGAACAUAUACAGGGCCUGAUGCACAGUCCCUUGAGCUGUUGGCUUUAAUUACAAAAUUGACAAAGGAAAAGGAUUCUGCCCUUGAGCAAAAUAAGAAGCUUCACAAUGAGUUGGGAAUACGGCAGGGACUCGAAGAAGAGAUGGAACCUAUCCUCUUGAUGCUCCAAGAUAGAGGGAGCAGAUGAUUCUGGGUCAAUGAAGUCCUACUUCUUCCUUUCCAAUGGAGAAAUUCCCUCAAGUGAACUCCAUGAAUAUGAUCAAACUGGUGAAUUAAGAAUUAUCACCUAGGACGAUCAGACUGCUGCGUCGGGAGGAUGUAUUUUAGUUGAUUUCUGCUAGCCUAAACUAAAUACUGUGCUAAUUGAGGAACCAAAAAAAUUCAAGUUUUCGACCAGAAUGAUUUUAUUUGAACAUCAAGAUGCAAAAUCUAGAUUGUAAAAUGAAGUCAAAGUCCUUGCUGGAAGAAUUGACCUGCCAAAUUCUGAUAUCCGCAACCACCUUGAUCCUUUUACAAACUGAAUGUUAAACAUUUGCCUCUUCAACAUGCAGGAGCUAGUAAGGCGUGAUGCCAGU